AUGGAUGAAACUAAGAGCAGACAGAAAAAAGGUCUGAUGAAGAAGACAUGGGAGCAAUUCAAAUCUUUUGGUCAUGGGAGGAUUUUAUCAAGAACCCAUCAUUCUUCUAUGAAAAGCAAGUCAAGGCCUGGCCACAUAGCCUCUCUUGAAGGGGUGAAGAAGGGGCGGGUUGCUCCAGAGGGCUGCUUCUCAGUGUACGUUGGACAUGGGAAACAAAGGUUUGUGGUCAAAACUGAGUAUGCCAACCAUCCUCUAUUCAGAGCACUCCUAGAAGAGGCUGAGAUAGAAUAUGGGUACAACAAUGGAGGGCCUCUUGUGCUUCCAUGCAAAGUGGAAAUUUUUCUUAAGGUGUUACUGGAAAUGGACAGUUCUGAUGAGGUUCAUCAAGGGUGCAGCUUUGCUAGGAGCCCUAGCUCCUAUCGCCUCCUCGGCCCAUCUCGGAUGAUCACCAUGAAUCAUCUAUGA